UCCAAACUUUUGCGGAUCCACACCAUAAUUCCCUCACCAACUUCACUACUAUAAUGGAGUCGAAGCCUUGGAGACCUUUGACGGCAGGGCGGUGCUGUUCCGCGGAACACCAAGCAUUGUGCGGCAACUUCAGCCGGUGCCGGCCGUCGAGGUCGGAGUUUUCGAAGAACAUUGCGCCGUUGCCGUCGUUCCGGCGACUAUCGUUCUCGGAUCUGAGCAGAUCGUCGUCGACGCGGAUUAACGAGGAUCUGGCGCAGUCAUUUGGGCAGGACUUGUGCGAUUUUCAACUCAGUGAGCUGCGAGCCAUAACGCAGAAUUUCUCGAGCAAUUUUCUGCUGGGAGAAGGCGGGUUUGGUAAGGUGCAUAAAGGAUAUGUGGACGAGAAUAUGAGGGCCGGUUUGAAGGCUCAGCCUGUGGCUGUUAAGCUUCUCGACAUUGAAGGCCUUCAAGGUCACCGUGAAUGGCUCGCCGAAGUAAUAUUUUUGGGGCAGCUAAGGCACCCAAAUUUGGUAAGAUUGAUUGGGUAUUGUUGUGAAGAUGAAGAGCGGCUUCUGGUCUAUGAAUUCAUGCCUCGAGGCAGCUUAGAAAAUCAUCUGUUUAAGAGGCUGUCUCUAUCAUUGCCAUGGGGCACAAGAUUGAAGAUUGCAAUAGGAGCAGCAAAAGGGCUGGCUUUCUUGCAUGGUGCCGAGAAGCCUGUCAUCUACCGUGACUUCAAAACCUCCAAUAUCUUGCUGGAUUCUGACUUCAAUGCCAAAUUGUCGGAUUUUGGGCUUGCUCAUAUGGGACCGGAGGGAUCCAAGACUCAUGUCACCACUCAAGUAAUGGGCACUUAUGGAUAUGCCGCUCCUGAAUAUGUUAGUACAGGUCAUCUUACUACCAAAAGUGACAUAUAUAGCUUCGGGGUAGUUCUAUUGGAGCUUUUAACUGGAAGAAGGGCAACCGAAAAAACACGACCAAAAAACGAGCAAAACCUGGUGGAUUGGUCAAAGCCGUACUUGACAAGCAGCCGGCGGCUGCGAUGCAUAAUCGACCCAAGACUCGCCGGCCAAUACUCCGUCAAGGGAGCAAAGGAAAUGGCGCUCUUAGCAUUACAAUGCGUCAGCUCCAACGCAAAGGACAGACCCAAAAUGCCGGCCAUUAUUGAGACUCUGGAGAGCCUUCAACACCUACGCGAUAUGGCUGUCGCGUGUGGACAGUGGCCGCCGUCCCCGGCGUCGGCCAAAGGCGCCGUUUUUUCCCCCAAAGGGCACAAGGACAUGAACGGAAACCGCAGUUUCAAGAAGAACUCAUCCCUCGCCACAAAACCCAAAACCAAUUAAUUUAAGCCAUUUCCAAAUAAGUAUAUCUGUAAUUUGUGCAGAAUAUAUGUUGAGUGUAUAUGUAAAUAUAUAUGUGCAUGCAUGGUAUAAUACAUAUAAUUUGUGAUUGCCAGUA